AUGAGCCAACCCAAUCCAACAACUGGAGGCCGACCUUUUGUACCUCCAAACACUAUUUCUGUAAACUCAACUUUUAAUGAUUUUACCGUUGAGCAGAAAUAUAAUAACUUAAUUAAAGGCACAGAUCUAUUUACUAGUGCACAAGAAACCGAAAAUCAG